GCAAAGAUCAAAGGUAGGUGGUGAGACACUGAGAGUGAGCGAAGGAAGGAACUGCAAGCUAUAGAGCACCAUGCAUGCAGCACCUAGGAAGACCUGUGUCACACACAGAGGGCUCGCAUGCAGAGGCUCCUCACACUGAGACAUGUCACCCUCUGGGGCCAGGAGCAGAACCCCGGUGACCCACACAAGGUCAUGAAUGAGACACCUUCCAUUACAUAAUGACUACGGUUGAGCCGGUCUCUCUGGCGGUGCUCAAUGGCUCCGAUCUGGACAACUGCGAUGAGCACACUCCUCCGUCAUCACGCACGCUACUUCUGGUGGGGUACAGCCUGCUGUUCCCCCUUGGUGUUAUACUGAACGGAGUGUCGCUCUUUGUGUUCCUGCGAUGGCUGCGUCCUCUCACCGUGGUGGGCACCUUCCUGUGCAACCUGGCACUCAGCGACCUCCUGUUCUCCCUCUCCCUGCCCCUGAGAAUCUACUACUAUGCCAAUAACCACUGGCCAUUCGGGAGUUUCCUCUGCCGCCUCUCUGGAUCCAUCUUCCACAUCAACAUGUACGGGAGCUGCCUAUUCCUCUUCUGCAUUAAUGUGGACCGUUACUUGGCCAUAGUGCACCCGCUGCGCUUCCGCCACUUGCGCCGGCGCAGAGUGGCCCGUCUGACUUGCUUGUGCGUCUGGCUAGUGAUCGUGAGUGGAUCGGUGCCCGCUGCAAUUGUGCAUAACUCCAAAGACUGCUGGAAUGGGCAUGAAAGGGUCCAUCGCUGUUUUGAAGGCCUCAGCAGCUGGCAUGGCUACUUGUUUCCCCUGCUGUUGGUUGCGGAGGUCAUUGGAUUCCUGAUGCCCCUAGCGGCAGUACUCUACGGCUCAUGCCAUGUGUUCUGGGAGCUGUGCCGGGCACCGGAAGGUGGAGCGCAGCGGCACAGAAAGACAAUCAGAUUGCUUGUCAUCAACCUCAGCAUCUUCCUCUUCUGCUUUGUCCCCUACAACUCAACGCUUGUGGGCUACGGUCUGCUGCGGGCAGAUCUCAUAAGAGAUAGGUGGGAUUCAAAGUCUACUCUAAAGAGGAUUCUUUCCAUCACCGUUCUGCUGGCUAGCACCAACUGUGCCUUCGACCCCCUAGUUUAUUACUUCAGCACUGAGGGCUUCCGAAAUACGCUCAGCCAAAUGGGGAAGAAGAAGUCCACGGAGAAAGGUCCAACCACUAAGAAAAUCGGAGACAUUGUGGCCUCCGACAAGGCCCCAGAGGUCAAAUACUGCGGCCUUACAUCAGGGUCUGGCAAAAACAAUGAGGGCAAAGAAAAGCACCGGAAAUCGUCCCAGAUUAGGAUAGAGGACAGUAAUGGUAAAGAGAGAAGGACGAUGAUUGAGGAGUCGGAGAUUUGAGCCAGUAUGCAGCGAGACUACGUCAUUACUUGGGAAAUGGGAGUGUGGGGGAGGUUAGCACAGGGGAUUACUGCAUGGUGGGAGGUAGUAAAUUAUGGACGCAGGGUGCCAACAAAGGUUGCCAGAAGGAAGGAGAAUAGAAGGGAAAUAAGAGCCAUGGUUUGGGAAGAUGAACAAUCAGUAAUAUGAGGCGCUCUGCCAUUGUAUAGAAUCUUGUCAUAUCACUCAGGAAAUGUUAUUGAAUUAUUUAAUGCAUCUGUGGUGGUUAGUGACUAUGUAAAACCGGGCUGAGGAGUGAAAUACAUUAUUUUUAUAAUGAGCACUGAUUAACACUCCAGGAUCAGCACACACAUGACACAGGGGCAUGUGACCGGCCAGCUGGAAACGGGCAAACCUUCCUCUUCCGUAACUGAGGUCUCUGGUAGCAGCACAGCUGGGGUUGUGUUACUGAGGGCAUCUAUAGGAGUUUCAUUUGGGGUGAACAGUGUUUUACAUAGGAGGAGCUGACCUGGAAGGUGCUCUGUAUAAUGAGAGUGAGUCCUCCCCCCCACCCCCUGCUAUUGGGAAGCCAUAUACAUAUCCUGUAACUAGGACAUAACCCAGCGAUAGGGAUCUCACAGCAGUGCACAGGAAUUGUACAGGGCAGGGUCAGCAUUUCUCCGAUAUCUGGAUAUUCUCUUUAUAUAUCCAUUGCUGAACACAUUCUACAUGUACAGAUCGGACAGUCAUUAGGGGGCAGAUGCAUUAACAUGAAGACGGCAUAAGGAAGUGAUAAAUGCAAGGUGAUAAAGGCACCAGCCAAUCAACUCCUAACUGUUAAUUUACAUAUUAGAGCUGAUUGGCUGGUGCAUUUAUUAUCACUGGUUAAUGACUUCCUUAUGCCUUCUCCAGGUUAAUACAUCUGCCCCCAGAUAUGGUAUCCAGACUCUAGGCCGACACACAUUAGGUUGACACCUAUUGAUCGACAUACAUUAGGUCGACACAGGAAAUAGGUCGACGCGGCCACCCGGUCGGCAUGAACAAUGACGACAUGGAAAAAAGG